AUGAUUCCUUCUAAGUGCAUUUUCCAGAGGUCCUCAAGCAGCAUUAAUAUUACAAAUUUAAUGAAAACUUUGCCUAAAUCCACCGGAAAUGGGCCUUUUGCAGCCAGCCCUAAAAUACGAGCAAUCGGAUCUCAAUCAGAACUAAGCAGUCAGCCAAUAAAUUUGAUCUCUUUACCGUCAAACUCCUUGAUCAAUUUCACCGGUUCAGUAGUAUCGAUCUUCACACCUUCUUCACAAAAUAAGUUUUCUAUAUCAAACAACAAUAACAAUAGCCACACUGGGUCCAAAAAGCUUGUUACGCAAGUUCCGGUCUCACUUGUGGUUAAUAUUGGUUCCUUGACGUAUCGAAACCUAGCGACAAUAACUGCAGCAAAAAAUGGCACUGAAAAAGUCAAUGAUGGCUGGCAAACAUGGGAGAUCUUUGCCCAACAAAACAUGGUCGGCCAUAAACAAAACACCCCCAAUGAUUAUGAAAUAAUGUUAGGCUAUGACUCGCUGGUACAGUUGGGGGACAAAGAAAGCAUUUUCAUUGAUAAAAAAUCGUUGAUUGCUAUUGGUUUAUCUUCAGGUGCGCGUUUUGAAAUUGUGAUUCUGAAGAUUUGGAGAAGCAUCUUCAUGAUGAAUCUUAGCAGAAGCAUUAAUGGACUGUGGAGAAAAUAUUCUAGCUGGAAAAUAUGGAAGAUUGGAUCAAAGGCUUUUGGAAGCUUAUACGGUCAAAUACCUGUCAUUCUAAAUGCAAAGGAUAAAGAAGUUGUAGGAAACUAUUACCAAAACUUCAAAGCCAAAUGCAUCAUUGGCGUAUUAUGGAUAAGAUCAAGUUUAAGAAUCAAAAGAGAUCCAUUGGUGAAAAUUACAGGCCCAGCUACAGUAUUGGUGAAGAAAUAA